GCCCCCACAGAGAGCCCAGCCUGGAGGUCCGCUCAUCUGUUAGACAGAGCUGCGAUCAGAUCCAAUCAUCUGGCUGUUCUUCGUCACUGACCCUCAUCAUCAUCAUCAUCAUCCUCAGGACAGGUUCGAGACAAGCCCACAUCUGAGAGGCGUUUCGGACACACCGGUCAUUUAGAGCUGCUCAAAAAUGAACCUUGAGCCUCCAAAACCCGAAGUCAAGUCAGCCACGCGUGUGACCGGCGGCCCUGCGACCCCGCGCAAAGGCCCCCCGAAGUUCAAGCAGAGGCAGACUCGUCAGUUCAAGAGCAAACCUCCAAAGAAAGGAGUGCAGGGCUUUGGUGACGAUAUCCCCGGCAUGGAGGGCUUGGGCACAGAUAUCACCGUCAUCUGCCCGUGGGAGGCCUUUAACCACCUGGAGCUGCACGAGCUGGCCCAGUACGGCAUCAUCUGAGCCUUCAGGUCUCCUCGAGACCCUCUGAGGAGCCCAGGACGUGCACUUUGAACCACCUGCCUCAGGCUCCGCCCCCUGAUCCGUACCAUGGAAUUGUUCUGAACCGAAACAAACGAGGGGGAAAGAAUCCCCACCAUUCUGCGGCAUUUCCUUCGAAACACUCCUGCUUUUCCUCACGUUUCAGGGUCGAACCUGGAAGGGGGCGUUCCCGAUUGAGAGGGGGUGUUCCCACCAGGGAGGGGGCGUUCCCGAUUGAGAGGGGGCGUUUCCACCUCACCUGACCCGACACUUCUUCAAACCCUGAAGCCCGUCCGCCAUCGCUGAGUGGAAACUUUCUGUGGGAUUAACACCAUAAAAUUCUUAUUUUUUCCCUCUGUUUGCACCUUUAACUUCACCAGAAAAGUUUAAAUUUAAAAUAUUCUCAAAUAUUAAAAUAUGUAAGAAUGUUUAUAGACAAAAUGUGUCUUUUUAUGUUUGCUAAACAAAUUUAGUUGGUUUUGAAAUGUUGAAAACAUUUUCCUGCAGUAACUCUGUCGUUAUAUUUGCUUAUUUUAACAGCAAUUUUCAUUUUAUUUCUUUUUAAAUCUUUCUUGUAUUUGUUCUUUAUUGAAGUAAAUGAGUUGUUUCAUUUUAAAUUUUUUCACCUUUUACCCAACGCUGUUUGUUUCUGUGAGUUUAUAUUUGAAGUUUUUAAGAUGACACUUCAUUUUGUGUUUGAUUCAUCUCCAAAUCCUCAGAGAUAAUUGCUAAAACACAUAUAUGCGACAAAUAAUUAAAAAAAUUAAUAGAACACAAACAACAUUUAAUCACUUAAAUCACAUUAUUUCACAGAAUCAACACAUUAGAUUUAACACAGAAUCAAUGUUUUUGCCACAAACCAAGAAUAAAAAUUAAAACUGAGUAAUUUUAAGUUAAAUAAAUUCUAUAAUUAUGUAUUUUAGAACAAUUAAAAUUAUUUAUUUUUCUAUUUAACUUCAUAAAAGCAGAGUAUUGUGCGUCGAAUUGGUUGGUUGGUCAGUAAAAUUGACUUAUCUUUAAAUGUAUUUAUAUUUUGAUUUUUGAUCUCAGAACAACUCACUCUGACCCAGCAGCUCAUUUUAUGAUCAUUAAAUUAUAAAAUCAAAUCUUACAAAAUUACCAAUAAACAUUUUUUUUCAGUCUUAA